GCAAAAUAUAGAUAAUUUAAUUAGAUAAAAUAAUACAAAAUUGGCACUCUUAAUCGAAAGGAGAGUCGGAAACUUUCAAAGGAAAAUUUGCUAGCCCGCCCAGAAAAGCUCGUGAAGAAACAGAUAAGGAAAUAACAGAGAGAGAUGGCUUCCUGGAGUAAAGCUCCUGUUUCUCCAACGUUUAACUCCUGCUCCGUCUACUCUUCUUCAAUUUCUCGCCCAUUCCUUUCAUUUCUUUACUCUUCUUCUUCUCCCUCCACUUUUACUCCGCUUGUUUUGGGCUCAUCCUCUCAUUUAACUAACAUCAGACUCGCUCGCUUUCACUUAUUCCCUUAUGUCACCAAGAAUAAGGGAAAUAACCACAUUUGCAGAGCAGCUGAGUACAAAUUUCCAGACCCAAUUCCCGAAUUUGCUGAUGUAGAGACGGAGAAAUUCAGGACCCAUCUUCAGAAGAAGCUUUCUAAGAAAGGGGUCUGUGGAGAUUCAAUUGAAGAAGUUGUAGGAAUCUGCACUGAGAUAUUCAGUACAUUCUUGCACUCGGAAUAUGGCGGUCCUGGAACGCUCUUAGUUAUUCCUUUCUGUGACAUGGCUGAUACAAUAAAUGAACGAGGUCUGCCUGGAGGACCACAAGCUGCACGUGCGGCAGUAAAAUGGGCCCAGGAUCAUGUUGACAAGGAUUGGAAAGAGUGGACUGGAGGUGACAGCAAGUGACAGAAGAACUCCUGAAUCUUCAAUUGACUAGAUGAUUUUUAUAUUAAAACAUCAUUUGGAAAAGCUCACCUAGAAGUUCUAGUUCUCUUUGGGCAUGUCUGAAGGGAGUCAAAAGUCAUGAUUCAUUUGGUCCACUGAGGAAAGCGUAGUAAAAUUUGAGGUUGUUUUUGUAGUAAUGAUUGCGAGGGCAUUGUGUAACUGUACUGGAUCAUGAGUUUGUAUAAUGUAAUCCCAUGUCUUAGGACCUUGAUAAGAACUUAGAAGCAGCAAAGUUAAGCUGUUAAAUUUUGAGAAUAAAUUGUUUCUACAAGUUAUCCCAUGUUUUUCUUCA